UCAAAAAAUUCUUGAUAUAUUCGGACGUUCACGACAAAUUAUUAGUUCAUGGCAAGAUGUUGUCAAUAUUUAGUGAUCUUGAAAUGAAGGCAAAGUUAAAACCGGAUGUUUCCACAUACAACAUAUUAAUGUCCACGGCUUUGAAUUUGCAAGAUUUGUCAAAAUUACAAAAUUUAUUCAAAAUCAUGAAGAGACAAGAGAUCAAACCGAAUACAGUAUCUUAUAACAUAAUGAUCUCGGGAACUAUUAAAUUAGGUCAUCGUCCAGAUGCAUUUAAAUUAUAUAAUGAAAUGGUUGAUUUAGGAAUUGAAAGAAGCAAUAUCACUUAUUCAAUGUUACUUUCCGCGUGUGCUAGAGAUUCUCGCUUCAUGGAUGCCUUGUCUUAUCAUGAAAAAAUGUUAAAGGAAGGGAUCAAGCCAGACGUUUACAAUUACAAUGCACUACUAAGGGUAUUGAUGAAUAACGCCGAUAGGAGCAAAUUAAUUGGAAUUUAUGACGUAAUGAAGAAACAAGGGAUCAAACCUACGAUAGUUACGUAUAAUUACCUCAUCAAAGGGAUGAAUUUACGCGGAGAGAAGGAAUAUGCAAAGAAAUUUCUUGAUGAUAUGAAAAAUGAAGGAAUCAACCCUAGUAUCUUGAUUCUUGAUUCAUUUGGAAUCACUGGAAGUGAGGCCAUUCAAAAAUCGGGAGAGCAAAGUGGAAAAUGUUUAGAUAUAAUACACUGUUGCGUGGAUGUGUGA